AAUGGUAAACAACAUCAUUCCAGCAUCAGUUUCCCUAGCAAAACUAAAAAAGCCUUUCGGGGCCUAGAGAGCUUCAGUUUCCAGCAAGAAGAAAGGACAACCCGAACAAAAGAAGCAAUUUCACACUUGAACGCACGCACGCACGCGCUUAUUCAAAAGAAUCGAAAAGGAAAUGUUCUAUAGAGGAUAUCCUGACGGUCCUGAUGGACGUGAAAUGGGUGCAAAACGUCAGCGGAUGGUUGAUCAGGGUCCUUCAUUCUAUGGUAAUUCCCCUGGUUCAAGUUUUAUGUACAACACACCUCCCUAUGGAUAUGUUAGCCAGCCACCUCCGCCUUUCCCUGUUGUUCGCCUUCGUGGUCUUCCUUUUGACUGCACAGAAACUGAUGUGGCUGAGUUCUUUCGUGGUUUGGACAUAGUUGAUGUUCUUUUUGUUCACAAGGGUGGUAAGUUCACUGGUGAAGCUUUUUGUGUUCUGGGGUAUCCUCUUCAAGUUGAUUUUGCACUUCAAAAGAACAGGCAGAACAUGGGCAGGAGAUAUGUUGAGGUUUUUCGGAGUAAGAGGCAGGAUUAUUACAAGGCAAUAGCAAAUGAAGUUUCAGAAUCUCGUGGUUCACCACGACGAAAUAUCUCUAGGGCUAAAUCUUACGAUGAGGGAAAGGACUUAGCCGAACAUACAGGGGUAUUACGAUUGAGGGGGCUGCCAUUUUCAGCUGGCAAGGAUGACAUAAUGGAAUUCUUUAAAGAUUUUGUUUUAUCUGAAGAUUUGAUUCAUAUUACGAUGAAUUCAGAGGGUAGGCCAACUGGGGAAGCCUUUGUGGAGUUUGCAAAUGCAGAAGAUUCUAAAGCAGCGAUGGCCAAAGAUAGGAUGACUCUUGGGAGUCGUUAUAUAGAGCUGUUUCCCUCAUCAAUCGAGGAGUUGGAUGAAGCGGUUUCAAGAGGCCGGUGACUAGUUCUUAUUAUACAUCUGCUUAUAUCCGGUAUUUUGUACCAGAAAUCUUUAACCUUGCCUUGUUGUUUUAAAUUUUGCUUUACUAGUUUUUCCCUAAUAAGACUACUUGUUUGUUGUUUUGAGCUGUUUAUCUUAGGAUUCCACUUAUGAAUAUAUUCAUAUCUAGUCAGAUUGGUAUUCUAAUAUUGUGUAUUGGUCUAGCGUGUAACUUCAUUGGUUUUUAAGGCUUUUGAUGCCACCUUUGAAGAAGACUGGUUUAAAGGAGGUUUCCUACGAAAAUAUAGGUGCUAUUUUGAAGGUCU